AGAUGCCUGUGCGUUCGUCAGCACCAACCAAACAACCCCAAAAGUCCCUUAAUCGAUCCAGAUCUAACAGUCCUAAGUUAAGGAGGUCCCGGAGCUCAGAGGAUGUCCAGGCCGCCACCAGUCUACCGCCGUCUGUAGAGGGUCCUUUGCGAUGCUUUUUGCAAGUGGAGGUAUCGAAGCUGAUUUUGUUGACGCCGACUGUUGUGGAUAAACCGACUGUCCGCCUGAAAUGGUGGGGCGAGAAACAGGAAUCACGUGGCACUGUAUUCAGACCAAAGGUGUUCAGGAACAAGACGGAAAUUGCAGCCACAGAUUCAAAUGGAAUGCUAAUUCCCCCUCGAACUACCUCAAUGUUUCCUGUGAAGUCAGGACAGACGCAGAUUCUGAGCUAUCUUCGUGACAUGUCAACUCUUUCUUUCGAACUGCAUUGUGGCAACGGUGAUUCGAAUGCCAUCGCGAGGUGCAACAUCCACCAGAUUACGCAACUGUCAUUCGAGAAUCCGAUCUCGGGUUGCUUCGCCAUGUACGGAGCCGAUUCGGAGAAAGUUGCGCAGCUAAAUGUUGCUUUAUGCUUCAAAGAUUUCGACAAAGGUGUUCUCAGACCAAACCCAAAUGCCAGCCAGAAUUCUGUCGAUCUGAAAGCAAGCCUACAAGAGCAAAUAGCUGAAGGGUUUCAGAACUAUGGUUUGACUAUGAACGCUUAUAAAUCUGCAGCCGAAAAACCAGCUGAAGAGCUUUCAAGAACCUUGGCCUCGGAAGAUACGAGAAACAGUGUAGAUGAUUUGAUAUCGUUUCUGAUUCAGCGCGGAUCUAACUUGAGAGAAGCAUUAGUACAGAACGAGGAACAAGUGAUUUGCGAUCAUAAUUCUGUAUCCAAAAUAAACGCACCAUUAAGCUCUAUCAAGAGUAACUCAGUGCCGAACUUCGCAGCACGACCAAAUGAGUCGCUAGAUGUCACAAAAUCAAAUGAUUUUGGAAAAAAUUUGGAAGAUCGUGAUUUAGUAAGGUCGAGCUUGAACUUUCACGAUUUAGUUUAUAAGUUCGACAAGAAACGACUAGAAGGGUUAGCUGCUAAAAGUAACAUUGAAGGAUCGAAUGCAAACGACGUCACAAUUUCCGAUGAUGAAAAUACUAAACUGAAGAAAUUUGGUGUUGAUGAUUCAAGUGACUCUGACAAUCCGAUACGUGACUCUUCGCUUGUUCGUAGAGUACUCAGGCGAACUGGAGGGUUAAUUUCAACAUCUGCCACGAGCACAGGAACCGAUUCCAGUGAGACUGAAUCUGAGCUAGGGCGGAAGGCGAAAUCUACAAAGAAAACCAAAAAAGGCAAAUUGAGGAACAGAAGCAAGAGCGCGAGUAGUGAUUCGUCUUUUGAAUCAGAAGUUGAAGUGCUGAGAAAACAGGAGGUAAUGUUACUCGAGGAGCUGAAUAGCAGCUCAAAAGCUGACAAACGAUUCAACAGGCCCGAUUUCUCGGAGCAGAAUGGUGCUAAUGGUUUCUCAGAUGACGAUGAAGAUUGGACGCUUUCAAUCGAGCGGUUCAAUUUGCUUCAAAGUGUCAGCAAAGCAAUGGUUGUAAUCGAUUCAUUUACAACUUCGGCAGGCAGUACAGCAUCGGCUCCAGGUUUGAAGUUACCUCCUAAGGUUCCAUUUAUCUCAAAACAUGCAGAAUACUACGUGGAGUUCUCGUUCCCAACUUGCAUGCCGCAUCAUCGAAUCGAAAUGAAGGAAACUAAAGUCAAUUGCAGAUCUGCAAACCCCGAUAACGGGAAUGUUACUUUCUCCCAUAGGAGUGUAUUCCCGCUUUGCAUCGGGGCUAAAGGCAAAAGUGUUUUGAAAGAGCUGUGGACACAAGCUAUUACGUUCCACUUGUACCUGAAGACGUCCAAAAAUGCAUCAGGAGCUAAAUUGGUGGGUUCAGGUGCGUUUAAAUUGAAAGACGUUCUCGAAGCGGAUUUUUUUUCGAAAUCAAUUUCGAUGCCGCUUAAGAAGUACUUUGCAUUCAAGAAGAAAAAGCGAAAGCAGAACAAAAAAUUGGAUUCGCCUCACGUGGUCGGAAGUUUGAAGUUAUCAGUUGAACUGACUUCGGAUUUGCACGCGUUUACGUCUAAAGUAAAUGAGCUAAAGGUCAAGGAAGCUUCAAGAAGCAAGCCCUUAAUGAUAUCUUUGAAGGAAGCGAGCACGAGUGAGCGAAAUCAGGUAGUUGCUGAAAACAUAUCAGCGAAGAGCACUGCUGUAGUAAAUGUGCUUCCAAAUAUCAGAGUCGACCGAGAGUUUGAUCCUCGAGUAGUGCAGCUGAAGCAAGGAGCUUCUCAAAAGAUGGAAGAAAAUCAUCAGGUCAACUUCGCCCAGAGUUCUGCUGAGGAAGGAGAGGCGAUGUUCUUUUUCUUAACCAUAGGCCAAUCGAAUCUAGAGAAAUAUGUAUGCAAAAAAUACAGUAGCCUAAACGUCUAUGCGAUAGCUCGUGUGUUCUUCUCAGAUGAUUGGAUCAAAUCCGACAUAAGCUGGGGAUCAGAUACUAGUCCUCACUUCAAUGUGUGUUUCACAGUUCCAUUUGUUCUUACACCCUCCAUAUUGCAAAGAAUGAAAAAUAAUUACGUGAUCAUUGAAGUUUGGAACAAACUGACCACGGCAGGAAACGACGAGCUCAUAGGUCUAGUUAAAGUGCCGACAAGUCAGUUUCAUCUAUCAUUUGCUAACCAGAGACUGAUGAGCGUGUUGAGGGAAGCGCAUUACCCAGUAGUAGCUGGGGAUAACACAUUUCCAAUUGUUCACCCGAGUGAUAUGAACAAAAGUGUGCGCGGGAAAGUAGCGGUGACAUUGGCGAUAGGAUCGUCAGAUCAAGUUGCGGCGCUGAAACACAUCAAAAUGACAUCGGAAAAUGUUUCGUAUGCCAACAAGUCAGUGAUAUCAACAUCAACUGAUAACGCCCAUGUCUUCCCUUCCAAGGAGUUGAAUGAGCAUACAUUCGAAGUUAUGGUUAGCGGGCUGAAAAGUUUCAAUCAGUUUUCAGACGAUGUCCACGGAGAGGCUGAUUGUUAUGUUCAGUACACUUUUCCAGAUCAAGAGAACUUCAAUUUCUUUCCCCAACAGGGCUCAAGCAAUUCAGGGCCAUUUGCUCUGAGGAAGUUCAAAACAUCGCCGACGCUAUGCGUACCAGAUGUGGUCUUUCAUGACGUUAUGCAUCAUAAGUUGGUUUGUCCAAACAACUUGUCGUUGCCCAGUCAGCUCCUAAAGGUAAUAGCAGCGGACCCAGAAAGUGAAAAAACACUGAAGUUCGAGGUAUGGACAAGACAUUAUCACCCGAAUUUGCGCGAUCAAAUGGUAGCCACUUGUCAAUUACCUCUUCCGAAAUUGUGGUCACUCAUUACGAUGCAUUCUCAUACCAAGUACCAGCCUUCUUGUCAAAACUUUGUCCUACCGUUGACGAGAUCCUCGUGCGUAGAUUUGGAGCAAAGUUACAGCGGACAGGAUAGGUCGAAGCAACAAGUUCCACAUUGUGGUGUCUUAGAAGCUACAGUAAGCUACAAGGUGGCAGACUUUGGCUGUGCUUCGACUCUUAAAGGUCUAGGCAUGAACACACAAGUUGUUCUGAGGAUGAAUGUCAUCAGAGCUUGCGGCUUAGAAGAAGCGGCCAUUUACGCUGCUCAGAGGCACCCAAAUCUAGAGUACUACUCCAAAGUUGGACUGAAUUCUUUCUUUAAAGUUUCAUUGUCAUUCGCAGAUCCGAUCGAAGCAAGAACGACUAGAUCGGUUGCGCAGUCAUUUGCACCCGAGACCGGAUCCGUCAUGGAAAUCCCACUUCCUGUUUACUUCAAAGGUGAGAAGACCUCACAUGUUGUUAGUUUGGCCGAGCGAUUGGAGAAUGAGUUCUGUAUCAUAGAACUAUGGCAUCAGCAGUCACCUUCAAAGGCGGAAGAAGUUCUGCAUUACACGGAGUCAAAGAAGGACUGCCUCCUGGCAUCAUGCUCAAUUCCUUUGCGAGAUAUUCUCUACCAACAUAGCGGAAUUCGAGGCUGGCAUGCAUUGCACCCGGUCGAUGAACAUGAAGGUUCAAGGAAUGACUGCACAAGCGUUGGAGGCGUUGACGUACAAUUAGCUUUCGUUCGAAACGAGGACCAGGAAAAGGUCAUUCAAGCUGGUCGAGGGUGUGGUUGGAAGGAACUGUAUGAUCCAAUUAGCCCGUUAGUGAGUGCCCAAAAGUAUCGAAUAACGGUUUGCUUGUCGGAACUGAGUUGUAAUAGACGUGAUUUCUCUUCGACAUUGUUAAGUCAAAAUAACGUACAGUCCAGGCGUAAUAUGAAAUGCUACCUUAGAUAUAAAUUCUACGACAAACCGGCCAUAUGUACUCACUCGGUAUCACUGAGGCACUUGGGAGAAAACUCGUUCGUGGCAAAGUUCGAUUUUCGAGAAUCGGUUUCCCUAGAAAUGUCAGAACCAUUGAAGUAUUACCUGAAAGAAGAACCAUUAGAGUUUCAACUCUGGGCUGCAGGUGACGUGAGUGCCCCCAAAGGUCACAGAAGAGACAAGUACUUGGGAAGUGCCUAUAUGAUGCUCACGCAAUUAGCACGCAGUGUAAAUGUGAGCACGAUAAGCGAGAGUUGCACGGUUUACAAACCUGGUGCAAGUUAUAUAGGAAUGACCCAGCUUAGAGCUUCAAUUACUUUGGAACAAAGUUCAGCUACUGGAGACGUUAAAUACGUAGACGAUGACGUAGAACUAAACUCGGAUUCAAAUUCAGAGGACGAGAAAGAAGAUCAAAUCGACCUAACAAAUACUUUCAAAGCACGAGUUGAAAUUGAUCGCGCGUAUCACUUGGAAUUGUACAAUGGCGCAUUGGCUAGCGAAAUAAAUACUGCCAAGGUUUCAUCAGAUACUUCUAGUUUGUAUUUUACCUUUCAAAUGGUUCCCGACUCGAAACCAGUGACGACGACCGCGGUAAAUUUCGAAGCUUCGCCAAAAUGGAACUUCCAAACUGACACCUUCUUGUCAUAUGACUACCUGAAGAGUAGCAACCCUUUGCUUCUGAAGUUGUGGCUACAAAUGAAAAGUGGAAUUGGAAAAACAACGGAAAACGGGGACUGCGACAAAGUGUUCGGAUUUGUAGCUGUUGAUCUUUCCCCGCUCAAUUCAGGCUUCUCGCAUGUGGACGGGUUCUACAAUGUCACCAACUUCUCCAACCAGGUGUUGGGGCAAGUUAAGUUGUCAAUUAUCCCAAUGGAUGGAUUUCAACCGCCUUUGAAACCAAAAGAGAGCAGAGUAGAGCCGAAGUCAUCAGCUGCAAGUGAAACUCCGAAGGUGCUGGAGGAGGAUAAAGUUUUCAUGCGGAAGUCGGUAGACACGUCUUUUCAUUGGGGGAUGGGAUACCCGAUCGGAGUUGGAGUUGGCUCUAGUUCAACAAUGGACGAACUGAAGCGUCACUUGGAGGAACUGGAAUUAGUCAAAGAUAGCUUAAGAAAGAAGGUUACGAAGCAACUGAAACAGGCGGACGUUCUGCUGAAUCCAAGCGCGAAUGGUCAUUUGAAAAAUGAGGUGUCGAUGGUAGGAAAUGGAAGUGAAGCGGGAAGUUCUAAGCAUAGGUCAGUAAUCGAAGCCGAGCAAACAGACACUAAAACAACCGAUUGCAGAAAUGAACUUGAAAUUCCGUCGAAACGUAGUGAAAUAGAAUACGGAAGUAGAGGACAUGGCGAUAGGGAACCUAGCCGACAAAUCAGCUCAGCCCAAGACAACGCCCAGCAACUUCUGCAGGCGCUCAAUGCCGCCAAAGAAAAAUUGAUCACGUUCAACUCUGAAGCUGAGAAGGCAGGUCAAGAGAACGAAAUUAAAAGUCACGAGAAUGAAGCUAGAAAUGAAGUGCACGAUGAAAGUUUUUCUGAUCUUCACAUUGGUGAUAACGAAUCGGAAGCUUUUUCCGAUGGCGGUGAAGCAAAUGACGUGACGAGAAGCCGAGAAUUUAAUGAAAUGAGCCGAGAGGGCUCGAAUAACAAUGAAGAUGAAGUGACCACCCAGAGAAGUGAGUACUUUCAAUCGUUUGGUUCAAAAAGCUCGUCUGAGACGCGAGAGUUGCAAAAUCAUCUGGAUGAAUUUAACAGAAAUGAAGUUGUCAACAAAAUCAGUGAUAGUAUUAAAGUAACUGAAAGUUCCGAUGAUGAGGAGGAUUUUCCUAAUCUGGCUAUUACUAGUGCAGAUAGUGCGACCUAUACGCUCGAUAAACCGACUUAUGAAACACAGCCGACUUCGGACCCUCGUGUUGUUACCUCGGAUUCUCUCGAGCGAGACAGGAUGACAGAAGUGAGCUAUGAGACUACUGGUGUUGACAAUGGUAAGUUGUCCCAGCUGACCACAUUCAGGCAACUUGACGAGGAGUACGGAGAGGACGAGUUACUGCCUUUUGAUAGACCCCAGGAGUCUGAAAAUGUAGAAGCUUUAGCUGAAGAUGAAAAUGUUACUGAUCAAUCUCCUGGACAUGAAAAUGAGAACAAGGAUGAUUUUGAAGAAAGGCCGAUAAUUUCUAUACCGAUAGCUGAUGAACCAUCAGAGAACGAAGAACCGGAAUUACCAUUAAAUGCAGAUAAAGAUUCGAAUAAUCGUCAUUUACUGUUUGCAAAUGACAGCAAAGUUGUGUCGAUUUUCUCGCCUUUGAGUUCUGUGGAUGUCGGAGAGACUACACAGAACCCAGAAGCUCCGCACCAUGAGAGUUCUGGUGUGACUCGAGACGGCAGGGAUGAAAAUGAAAGAGAUACACACAGUGACCCAGAUCGCUCAAAUGACGAAGAGAAAGUGGAUGCUGGUACCAAAGAGGAGAAAGAAGCUUAUGAGUUUCCUGAAGCAAAGAUAGAAGUGGACAGUAGUUGCCAUCUGGUUACUUCUGAUGUCGAAGUCGAAUCUGAGAAAAAGUUCGACGAGCCAAAUGAAGGUCAUCACGAUGAAAUUGGCGAAACUGAAGAUCCAUUUCAUGCCGAAGGUGGUGAGAAUAAUUCGUCCCCGUAUAGCAUCUUCGAACGAGUUACCCAGGAGUCGCAACCUUUGACACCACGACUGAUCCCAGAAGUUACUUUGCCUCGAAGGUCAUCGCUCUCUUCAGUGGCGUCAUCAAGCUCGUCAAUGAAUGGACAAAGUUCAAAACAACCAGCUCCAAAUGCGUCAAAGAUGCCUUCUGUUGAAGAGGCGAAACGAAUAGCUCGCAUAUUCUCUACAAAAUACUCCUAAUUUCUGUCAUCAAAUAAAAUACAUCAAAAGUGCACUUAACCUCUGAAACUACUUAAUACGUGGAUUUAUUACUAUGAUGUUUUGGUCUAACCAUUUUGCAGUUUGAAUUUCCAGUUUUGUGUAGAUUGUACAUAAAAUGUAAAUGUGUAUAGUUUCGUUUUACUA